AUGAUUGGCAGAUCUACAGAGCUUUCAGUUAGUCUUGAUCGAAGUAUGCAUGCUGCAGGAAAAUCACGUUUGGUAGAGGCAAAAACACAGUUCACAUCAACUGGUAACUUAGUAACCUCAUUGAAAAAUCUUACAAAUGCAGGAACACAGACUAGCGACAUUACAUUUAUCACUCGUCCACCACACAAGAACAAACGAAUUCAACGUGGUCAUAGUUUCAUCUCUAGAGGAACAAAUCAACCGUUACCCACACAUAGUGGUUCAGCAGUUAGCCCAUUGUCGCCAACUACAGAAGAAUUAACUAGCCAUCAUCGUCAACAAGGGAUAACAAGCAUGCAGACACGUACUUCGCAUCCAUAUAACUUAACUUCUACUACAUUUACAGAGACUACACAAGAACAAUCAACAUUCAGUGUUGAACAUACAAUUCAAACAUACAUAUGCCCAACAUGUGGAAGUCAUGCAAAUAUUCCAGUAAUAGUUCAUUCAUCUAUACAGCCUCAAGCACUUCCAAUAACUCAACUAAAAGAUGCUCAAUCACAAACUCGAUUCACCGAACAACUAACUACUGAUGAAAAUUGCACCUAUCUACCAACAUAUCUAAGUGAUGAAGAAGUUAUCCGUAUAAAUCAAAGUCAGAAAAUAGAAGAUGAUAAAGAAUUUUCAAUGGUAACAUGGCAUCCAGCAGAAAUGAAGGAAACAGAGCGUCGAAGAGAUACUGAUCGAAGUAAACAGUUAAGAGAUGAAGUUUGGGUUGAUAGUCCUGGAAAAUUACUUGAACUCAAGAUAACUGGAGUAAUAGUGCCUGGAACAAAUAAAUUUAUUAGUGCAGGUGAAGCAUUUUAUCGUGGCUUAUUAAGAGUUGUAUACUGGGAUUAUGAAAAACUUGGACCAAGACAGUCAUCAAUUGACUCAUCAGUUUCUAUACCACUUACAGAUGCAAUUAUUUCUAAAGCAGUACGUUUAGCCUGUGACAAGACAUCAACAGAGACACAACCAUCAUUGGAUGCUAAAGUAGUCUGGAGGACACCAGAGAUACAACGAAGUAGGUAUUUAGUACACUCAAUCAGACCAGAUGCUGGUCAGAAUAGACAUGGUCCGAUUAAUCUUGACAUUGCCUCUGCAAUACGUGCAGGUUUAAUUGAUAAAGAAACAGGUUGUAUGGUGUUUACACAUUCAAUUUACGGAUCACCAACAAGUAUCGAAUCAUCGACAGUUAAGAAAGAAGGUGAUAGUAGCUCUGAACAACUGAAAGAUUAUCUAUUCGAGAAGCAAUUGUUCGAGGAUACUUAG